AUGGCCGCCGACGCACUGCUUGUAUUGGCGUUGUACUUCGCCUCUGCUACUGCGGCAAAUUGUACCACCGGUUUCUCAGUGGUAGCGCCCGAAGUCGCGGUACCAGGAAAGACCACAGCCGUACUUGUGACUCUGCACGGUAGAGAUGGUGCUGAGUUAGACCCUCUGAACGUGACAGUUCGACUUGAGACUCAGGACAUCAAUAAUGACGUCAAACUUCUUACCACAGCCAGUCAAAUGAUAACAGGUUACGGUAUAAUACCCCUGAAGAUACCUUCGUCUCCAGCAACGCACUGCACCUUGCAUACAACAGUGGGCUGUGUGGGAAAUGAAGAAUGUACUGCGAAGAGCCACAGUGUCAUAAAACUCUUGGGCCCUGUAAGAGAUGUAAUCGUGCGACCAGCUAGACAUCAUUAUAGACCCGGAGAAACCAUUACUUUCUGGAUCCUGGCAUUGGACCAUGAUCUCCGCUUGGUGCGUCAUGAGCUGGCUUACGUGGCUUUGAAGAACCCAGCAGGAACCAAAGUGGCUAUUUGGGAACAGUUGUCUCUAGAUGAAGGCGUUCGAAAGCUGACAGCAAUAUUGGCUGCUGGAGCGAAGUCUGGGGCUUGGACAAUUGAAGCUACGUGCGGAGGGGGUACGGCGCGAGUGGAGAUAUCUGUGGGGUCCGGCACGGGGGUCACCACCCCUGCAACACCAGCUGCUGAACAGCACUACGUGGAGCUCAAGUUUGCGGACAGCAUGCGUAGAAGAUAUAAACCGGGAUUGCCCUUCGUCGGCCGGGUCGAAGCAGUGAGCACAGAGAAGCGUGUAAGAGUCCGUGUGAAGCUUUAUGAUGACAAGACGGAUAUCUAUAGCCAGGACAUCGAUAUGUCGACCGGGGAGGGGGGCUUCAUUGUUCCCACUGUCAUGGCAGAUGCUCCCUAUGUCAAUUUGCAGGCUGAACUCGUGGCAGUGGAAGGCAAGGAAAUAGAAACACACUACGUAUUAGCAAGAGAACGGAUCCGACGGUGGAAUUCUACAUCAAAAUGCUAUCUACUCGUGGAAAACUUGCCAACUCCGCUGCAAGCCGGUGGUAUUGCAAGCGCAAGUGUAUGGUCAUCCUGUGGUUGCCGCCAACGCCUCCUAGCGGCAGUGACGAGCGGUGGUCGCGCAGUUCAUUGGGCGGCUGUUCCAGCGCCAACCAGAAACCACAGUGAUCUAUGCAGAUUUAAUUAUACGUUCCCAGUCACCGCAGAUAUGGCCCCGGUAAGCGCUCUACUCGUCUACUACGUGACAGAGGGGGGCGAACCAGUCAGCGAUGUUGCCAGUUUCCAUGUCAAGCUUCUCCAUAAAGAGGUGGCAGUAGCUAUUGAGGAGAGACGCUGGUGGUACCCGAGAGCCAAUCUCCAGCUAAGGGUUCUCGCACCUCCAGAUUCCAUGAUGUGUUUGAUUGGAGCACGUACACCUUCCGACUCCAAAUUCGAUACACACCCUGCUGCAACUGAACACGAAGAUCAGCCAGGCCCAGAAUUUGUGUCAGCUGGUGUUUCACUGUUCGUAGGCGGUGGAGCGUGCGGUGGUGGUGUUUUGUACAGACAGAGGACGACGCAGGUUCGAUCUCCGUCGCACUUGGUGCCUCCUGCCUCACACGACAGGCUGUGGAUGUGGAAGUGUUUCAACUAUACGAGCCAACUGUCAACGGAUGGAGUAACAAUAGCAGCUCCUUCAGAAGCCGGACGCUGGUCUUUAUGGGCGCUGUCUCUCUCGAACCGUGGUCUUCGUUUCUCAGCGCCAAAGACUAUUAACGUCUUCCGUCCUAUACAACUAGACUUCACCCUACCGCCAGCUCUAAAGGUCGGAGAAACGGUGGAAGUCGAUGUGAAAAUCACUAACAAUAUCAACAAUUGUAUGGAUGUGACAGCGUUACUGGCUUUAAGCACGGGAGCAGCAUUUGCUAGCACUGGAGCGUUGUAUGUCACUGAGAGAUUGAGACUUGGACCUCGCGGUGGGACUCAGUUGGUUGUCAGAGUGGUCGUCAAUACACCUGGACGGAAGAAUAUUACAGUUGAAGUAACUGGCUACAGCGCGGACAACUGUUCAGUAUCUUAUACUUCUUUCAACAACGAAAGCCUUGUGGGAUCUGUGAUUCGGUCAGCCAGCGUCCUAGUACUACCUGAAGGUUUACAUAGAAGUGACACACAGAGCGCGUAUUUCUGUGCCAAUGAGCACCUAGCGGUGUCAUCCCGUGGUUCGUGGGAGUGGCAGUGGGUUGCAGCGCCAAGAAAUCGAGCAGGUUUAGUUCUUGAACUUCGCGCGCAAGGCUCAGCACACGUUGCAUUGUCGUCCAUACGAGAACCAUCUGAUGAUAUGUAUCGCGUUGUUUUCGAGAGGAGCCGAGUUUGGAUCGCGAAAGGGAAACAUGGUUAUGACGUCCACUUAGCAAGAGCUGAACAGACCGAAACAGAUGAAGAAUGCUCUGGUACAUCUUGGUGUGCCUUCUGGGUGUGGUGGGAAGGGAGUAAAUUGUCUGUAGGAAAGGGUGCAUCACCAAAUGAAAGACCGUUAUUAGUAUGGCCGUUGCCUAACGAUAUGCAUAUCAAAUUCGUGGGCUUUAGCGCACUUUGGGGGGAUAAAGCCGAUUUCAGAAUAUGGAACUUCAACGAAGAAGCCGGUUUCUCUCAAGUCCUAGAGCUUGGUCUUCCACAUGGGGUAGUACCCGGAUCUGCAAGUGGUACGCUAUUAGUUUCUGGGGGUCUCCACUUGCCGCUCUACAGUCUUCAGACAGACUCCUUGGAUCAGUCGUCAAUUGUAUGGAAAGACUCCCAACUUUCAGCAGCUUCAGCUAGUUUAGCGCCUCUGUUAGCAUUAGAACAUAUACCACAUUUGGUUGAAGAUGCAGAAAAAGAAAGAAUUCUAAAUAAAUUACCUGAACAAGUUCAAGUACUGUUGUCAUUCCGAAAAAGUGACAAUUCGUUCAGCGACCACCCAGCUGUCAGCAGCCAUGUAUCCACUAUCAAAAUAUUAGAAAUCCUGAACAAAAUACAGUCGUAUUAUCCCAUAGAUCCAGAACUGCUUCAUUCCGUUAAGUCCUGGGUUCAAAAGCGCCAAAACUUGGAUGGCUCAUUCACCCCAUUGCCUGCUGAUAAAGAAGUAGAUUACUAUCCAGUGGAUCUAAAGAAGUUAAAUGACACGGAAGUAGAUGUUAAUGAAUAUUACUAUUACGACAAAGACGGGAAUAUGACAGAUGAAGAAAUUAUUGCGGAGAGAACGGUAGAAGUAACGGCAGAAACCUUGGUAGCACUUCUUGAAAUUGGCGUCGAAGAUCAGCUGGAUGCAGACGUCGCUCAAAAAGCUCAAGCAUAUUUGGAGAAACAUCUACAUAAGUUAACGUCUCCUGCUGCACUAGCCGCGACUGUAUUAGCAUUAGUACUUGCCAGGAGUCCUAUGGUACCGGAAGCGCUUGUAAUUCUACGCAACGCUUCGACAACUCCUGAAGGUGAAUUCGGGUGGCCUGCACCGCGUAGGGAUGCUGCCGAUUGGCUGCUGGAAGAAACUUCCAGAAAUAUUAAAACGACUUCCUAUGAAGCUGUAUCAAUGGAGCAGUAUGUAGCGGGAGUGCGUGUUCUUCUGACAGCGUGCGCUAGAGGAGCUCUCGCAGAGGGAGAAGCAGCUGCCAGAUUUUUAUACUACAGAGCGUCAACAUUGCAGCGUCACCCAAGCCUCGCGUACAUUGCCACUAAAGCUGCAGCACAAUAUGCUGCUCUAGCGCAUGACAGACAUCGUGCUCUCACUGUAUCUUUGGCUACUGCUGGUAUGGAGCUUACUGAUACAUUGGAAUUGAGAGCCAAGACCCCAUCUAGACCACUGCAGCUACCUGGAUUACCAACUAAAGUAUUUGUGUAUGCAACUGGUGCAGGUUGCGCUACUGUUCAGGGAACAAUUUCUUACUCAACGUAUACGCCGAAAUCAGAAAACACGCUGUUAAAUAUACAAGCAGCUAUCAUCGAAGAAAUUCGACCAGAAAGAAGUAGUAUUGAAGAUUUGCAAGGAAAUCUUCCUACUUUGAUUCUGAAGACAUGUUUCAAGUGGAAAGCCAAAGAACCUUCUGGUAUAAUUCGUGUUGAAGUGUCAUUAUUCUCUGGCUAUACUCUAGUAUCGGUGAACCCGGUUGUAUUAGCUGGAGCCACGUUUGCGGAAUUGCACUACGGUUCUCGGGGUGAAGCUGUGUGGUUCGUGUUUAACAAUAUUAGUUCAACAUGUCCAGUUUGUGUAACGUACGAAGCCAGAUCUAAGUUCAUUAUUACUAGCCUUCGUCCAGCUUUCGCCAAGAUAUAUCCUUCAUCACGACCAGAUUUGGCGGUAGAAACUUUCUUCCACGCAAGUCCCGGUAGUCCUUUGCUUAGGGGAAUUACUGAUGAUGACUUUAUAACAUGGUUUGAUAAAGCUGAUAAAGUCAGCGCUAAUAUCGAUAAUAUUUGUGAAUGUGGCCGAAUUUGUAGUAGGGAUUAUGAAUUUAGGAAAUCUAAUAUACAAAACAAUGCGAGUAGAAUGGAUGUUACUGCAGACCUUACUUCACGAGAUUCCACAACAACUACUUUUUCCGGUAAAGGUGAGAAAACAACUAGUUCUCAUGCUACUGUGAAUGAUAUUACACCGUCAACUCAAUAUAGUACAGAAGAUAACUCUGCGUCAUCUACAACCAUAACUGAAAAUAUAGAGGUUGUAUCAACAAAUGUUGCAACUACUCUUGAAGAGAGUACUACUGAAGCUUUGAUAAGAUUUUCAUCUACACCAAAAAUGUUUAUUAAAAAUCCAUUAGUAAACAAUAAAGAUAAAGAUGAACUAAGUAACAAUCUCGAACCUCAUUUAUUAAUUACCGAAGAGGGACCCGUAGGGAAGCAGACAAAGUCUAAAUUAUAUGCAAAGAAAUUUGACAUUAAGAAAAAGCCCUUGCCAAGAAGAAAAGGCACUUUGAAAGCUACUUAUGGCGAUAAACAAGAUAAGUUUUUUGGUAAAGCAAAAAGUAUUGAGAAUAUCACCGCAAAUAUUUCACCCAGUAUUACAAAUGUUACAAACAAAAGUGAGAACGAAUCGCUUUUUAACAUCACUUCAUUAUUAUCUUCUGGCAAAAACCAAACACAUACUUCGAACAUAGUAACAAAGAUUCAGAACACAUCGAAAAUAGACAAAAAAAAAUCUUUACCAAUAAUUAAAUCAACACCAAAUUCAAACAUAGAAACAUCGACAGUAGUACACACAAUUACGGCUAUAACAAAAAGUAACAUAAAAACUAUACACUACAAAACUAAAAAACCAAAACCUCGCACACAAAUUCCUAAGCCAAAUGUAACAAACAAUCCAUUAAAUAGUACACAAUUGAUAAAAAAUAAAACUAUUCAAGAAGAAAAAAACGGAACAACUGAGGAAAAUUUACUAAAGUCAAAAAUUAAACCACUGAAGUCUAUAAAUAAGGAAAUACACAAAAUCCCAUCUAUACCGAUAUCAGAAACGUCUAAGUCACUUAGCAGUACAAAAUCGGAUUACUUACCAGAGAACAAAGAUGGUUUUGAAAUUCUUGACAAAAACCAUCUCUGGGAGUUGCUUAAAGAAGAUCCAGAUGAAAUAGGUAAGAUUGAUGAUAAAGUUCAAGUGCACAACAUAGUUAAUAUCUCAAAUUUAAAACAAGAUAGUGACAGCCGGUCAUUAUAA